AUGUUAAGUGCUAAAAUAAGCUGGGAAGGAGAAACCCCCCUCCACCUUGCGAUUUACCAAUCGCACAAUAAUCCCGAGUUUGUUGAAAAUCUCAUCAACAAAAUCGAGACGACAUCACUUCCAACUCUUGUGAAUAUUUAUGGGUACACUACACUGCACUAUGCUGCAACAGUUGGUAACACCCGGGUUGCAAAGAUGUUGGUGGACAAAAACCCAAUUUUGUUAUUCGUUGCCAAUAAUGAUCAUGAUUUGCCUCUACUUACCGCGCUUCGCAAUUAUCAAGAAAAAACUUUUCUAUAUUUGCUUCAAGAAACAAAAUUACAUAUUGGGCUCUCUCAAAAUGAUGGUUGUCAAAAUCCUUUUGAGGGCAAACAGGGUUCUUUGCUUCUAUGUGGAGCAAUCGGACGAGGAUAUUUGGAUUUUGCAUAUGAGUUGAUCUGCCAGUAUCCUAACUUGGCUACAUCAAACGUGGACAACAAUCAAACACCAUUGUGGUCAAUUGUGAAUAAUCAAGACGUGUAUUUAAGUUCAACACCCUACAACUCCUAUCAACGAUUUAUCUAUUCUUAUAUGACUACCGGGAACAACAUUGUAGACAAUAAAAAUAAAGAUAGCAUGAUCCCGGAUAUUGAGAACCCUGGGAUAUAUAACACCAAGUGCAAGAGUAGCUACUGUUAUACAGUAAUCCGGAGGAUUUAUGCCACUAUUUGGAAAGCUGCAUUACAUGUGCCACACAUCAGACGCAUCCGAGAAGAAAAACUAAAACACAAUAAAGGUAUGAUGAUACUAGAGCGUAUAUGUGAAGAGAUUUGUAAAAUGGAGGAUGCGAAUCAGAUUUGCGAACUUGUUGAUGGGGCAUUUAAUACGGCUGUAUUAAACGAUAUUCCGGAGGUAAUCGAAACAAUCGUUGGAUUUUUGCCACAUGCAAUUUGGACUAGGAACAAUGAUCAUUACCUUCCACAAGUUGUAGCAAGAUGCCGUUCUGAAAUGGUUUUUAGGUAUUUGGAGGUGAAUGGAAGAAAUGAUCUAUUUCGGGGAGUCUAUGACAUGCAAAAUAAUGAAAAUAUUUUGCACUUGGCUGGAAAAUCGGCACCUAUGUCAAAACUCAAUCUCAUUUCUGGUGCUGCUCUCCAAAUGCAAAAGGAGGUACAAUGGUUUAAGAAAAUAGAGAAGUUUGUGCUUCCUAGUGCCAAAGAAAGCAGGAACCGUCAACGAGAUACGCCGAUUAUGGUGUUCAGAGGAGAACACAAGGAUCUAAGAAAAGAAGGUGAAGAGUGGAUGAAAAAGACAUCAGAUUCGUACACAAUCACGGCUGCCCUCAUCAUUACUAUAGUUUUUGCAGCAGCCAUUACCGUACCAGGCGGAAAUGAUCAAAAUACCGGGAUACCAAUUUAUGAAACAAAAGCCCCUUUCAUCAUAUUUGCGGUCUCGGAUGCAAUCUCACUGUUCACAUCCACUACGUCAUUGUUGUUGUUUCUAUCCAUUCUCACAUCUCGUUAUCAUGAGGAUGACUUCCUCUACAAGUUACCUAAGCGAUUGAUAUUUGGUCUAGUGAUGCUUUUCAUCUCUGUGACAUCCAUGAUGCUCGCAUUUAGCGCAACCCUAUAUAUUAUGUUUGGACAAGGAAGGGCAUGGAUCAUAAUUCCCAUAGCUACAUUAGCAUGUCUCCCAAUUGCUACAUAUGUGAUGUUACAAUUUCCGUUGCUUGUUGAGCUCAUCUCUUCAACAUAUGGUCAUACAAUCUAUCCUCAAAGAUGUCGAGUUAAUCUUGAUGACUAUGAUUCAAAUGGAAUCCCAAUAAUGCGUCACGGCAUAUAUGCGAGGUGAAGCUAGCUAGGGGUGUCGUCUAGUCAAGGGCCAAAUACCUCUAUGCCACAUCACUAACUUUUAUAACCUGCAAAAGCUAGCUGCCUCCAUCCAUCGAUGUUCAUGGCAGUUGUAGCGAGAACAAAAGGGAAUGAUGGCAAAUGAAUAAAGAAGAAGAGAGUCAAUUUUUUUUUCAUCACCGAAUAACUGUGGCCACAUGUU